AUGUUUGUUUUGUUUUGUUGUCAUCUGCUGCGCAAGACGCUGUCGGUCGGUCGGCUGGGUGGGUGUGUGUGUUGGUUUGUGGCGUGUCCUGCCGUCGCAGUGCCGUGCUUGUUGUAAUUGUUGUUGACGAAAAGUGGACCAACCGAAUCCAUCUUCUUCCGCCCGACCCUGAUUGCCGGCGAUCCACAUCCACAAGACGACAUCGAGAAUUCUCCGUCGCAGCCGCGGGCCACACACGGGAUUACCGAAGGAGAUGUUCUGCAGCAUCGUCAACGCGUCCGUCGGUCCAACUUUACCAUUCAUGAAUGCAGUUUCGGGCUGAAGUGCCACCACCAGCAGCUCGUCGUGACCUGUACUCGCUUGGGGAGUGAGUGUUUCUUUUCAGUGGUUCCGUGGCAGCAAACACACAAACACGGCAAACAGUGACAGCAAGCAACGCGGCAGCCGCGUAAGGAUGUUCUCCAGCAGUGGACGGCUGCUGAAGCGGCUGGCCGUGCUGGAUUUCGAUCACACCGUCUGCGAACACAACACGGACGUAGUGGUGCGCGAUCUGCUCGGGCCGGGCGGGGUACCGCCGGACGUGCAAAGCAUACUGCGCUCCUGCGGCUGGAUCCCGUACAUGCAGCGCGUCUUCCGGCUGCUGCACCAGGGCGGCUUCCAGCCGAUGGACAUUGCGUCGGCGAUACGCGGCAUACCGGAGGUGCCCGGGAUGAAGUCGUGCAUCGGCAACCUGGUGCGGCACGGGUUCGACGUGAUCAUCAUAAGCGAUUCCAACUCAGAGUUCAUACGGCUGUGGAACGAUUUCAACGACAUCGGCUCGUACAUACACACCGUGUUCACCAAUCCGGCCCGGUUCGAUGGCAGCGGGCUGCUGGAGCUGCGCCCGUACCACUACCAGACGGAGUGCUCGCUCAGCUCGAAGAACCUUUGCAAGGGUAAAAUAAUGGAAGAGUUCCUGCGCCGGCAGCACGACGAGCGGCAGGUCGAUUACGAGAAGGUGUUCUACGCCGGGGACGGCAAAAACGACGUGUGUCCGAUGUUGCGGCUCGGCAGCAAUGGGUACGCCUGUGCCAGACGUGGCUACUCCUGCCACGAUGCGCUGCAGGGUGCGAUCGGGAAGCUGGAGCACCCGUACGCGGCCAAGGUGCUGCAGUGGACGGAUGGGCACGAGCUGAACGACCUUAUAUGGACUGAACUGGAGGACUGAUCUUUACAGCGCGCACUGUUUUCACCCUGCUCGGCACACCGGUUGCCGAAAUGCUAUUGCAUGUGUGCCGGUGUGCUGUAGUUGGCAUUUUUUAAAGACUCCAUAAUGAUGGAGAAUUUAUUACAUUUUGUUACAUUUUUUCCUAAUAAAAUAACGUUGCAAACGAAAACGCUUGACAUUGUACGCAGGGUAAGGAGCAUGAGGCAGAAGUUUCAAAAGGGGGUGGUGGGGUUUGUUUACAUUCUGCACUACAAACGUCAAACGGGCUGCGAUUGCACUGGUUUACCUCAUCGUUGCGGGAAGCGAACGCGCACAAUUAUGUCGACAGUGGCCAAAUUAACUUUCCUUUCCGCCUGUAUCGCGAGUGGCAGUUUAAUCGCUUACGUCCACUACAGUCAAGCGGCCGACCGUGAACGGUUGCACGAAGGAGUACGACGAGAUGUGGAACGGCAACGGCUGAAGCAUCUAUCCGCAACUGGUGCAGGAAAUGAUAUCGUCCCCGUUGAAGGACCGACGGCCACGAGUCGUGCCGGAUCGCAGCUGCAGAGUUGAAUUGUACAGGACAGAGUUUCUUCGGGGUGGACGGAUGAUAGUAUAGCAAUAAAAGUGUAGUCCAUUUCUUUUUUUA